GCGGCCGUGGUGUGCUGGUCGGCUCGCCGAGCGAGCGGUUCGAUACGGGCAUGACACAGGGAGCCCGCGGAGGUUCUGGAAGUUUGUGCUCAGGCAGGACAUGUCUGGUGGCGGCAAGGGUGUCUCCUCCGCCGCUGCCAUAACCUAUUCGCUGACCUGCAUCGGCAGCAAGCCUCGGGCCCCGCUCUGCCCCAGGAGCAUCGGUUCCUCCCCACCUGUCUCGAUCCCACCGCCCCACACCCAGGAGGAGAGGCAGCGACUGACGAGAUACGGCGUCGUUGCUGGUGGUGUAAGGAGGACGGCCCAAGCAACACCACGACGGCAGCUCGCCGCUACCGUGGCAUGGACUGGCGUCCCGUACUCCAAGAUAUGGAUCAUUGAUGUCUGCACCAUAUGCUGGUGGAUGGCACAAGAGGUGUUCAAGCGAGUGACUGACAUGUAAGCCGUGGCGGCACAACCCUGUUUCGGGGAGAAAACGACUGAGGCCCUAUAGGUAACAUCACAUCAUUGAGCCGCAUGAAACAACUUUGUUAAAUGCCUCAUUGUUAUACUGCACACCCUUUUCGUAAUACUUAGCCAUAACUAUAAACAGUCGCGGGAUAAAUUGUUCUUGUACAAACAAAGGGGUGGCUUUUUUCAAUACAGUUUGGAGAAGACCCUUCUGUUAAAGAAGUUUAUGAUGGUACAGAGCACUCCCGAAACUAGAUACCAGCCGCCAGCAUGAUUUGAUUGUCCAGUAUAUUUUAUGCUGCAAAAUCUGAAAGCUGCGAAUGUAAUGUUGAACAUCUCAUUUCAAAGUAUAUGUAAUGAUUUUUUUUCUAUUUUAACUUUUUUAUCUCUUGAUAAAUGUCGCGGUUGUUAAUUUAACUUUGGGAUAAGAAUAUGAUUUUCUGUCUCAUUUGGUACAUAGAAGCUUGAGCCUUUUCCCUUUUGUGUUCUCAUCCAUUAUUAUCUUGCAUAAAUUUAUGAUCAUUGUUUUUCUCUGGCUAAGCUAUUUUGUACAGUUUCAUGCUUUACCAGUAAUCACUACUAUUCUUCUCAUGCAGAUACGCGGUGAAAUAAAUUAUAUUCCAUGGUCACUGAAUUCAAUAAUUAUACUGGUUU